CUGCCCCUGAACUCCCGGCUCCGCAGCUUCCAGGUGUCAUGGCGGUCCGAGCGUCAUUCGAGAAUAACUGUGAGAUCGGCUGCUUUGCUAAACUCACCAACACCUACUGCCUGGUGGCCAUCGGGGGAUCAGAGAACUUCUACAGUGUGUUCGAGGGUGAGCUCGCCGAUACCAUCCCCGUGGUACACGCGUCCAUCGCCGGCUGCCGGAUCAUCGGGCGCAUGUGUGUGGGAAACAGGCAUGGUCUCCUAGUGCCCAACAAUACCACUGACCAGGAACUGCAACACAUUCGCAACAGCCUUCCAGACUCAGUGCAGAUCCGGCGGGUGGAGGAGCGACUCUCAGCUCUGGGCAAUGUCACUACCUGCAAUGACUACGUAGCGUUGGUCCACCCAGACCUGGACAGGGAAACAGAAGAAAUCCUUGCUGAUGUGCUUAAGGUGGAAGUCUUCAGACAGACGGUAGCUGACCAGGUGUUAGUAGGAAGCUAUUCUGUCUUUAGCAAUCAGGGAGGACUGGUGCAUCCCAGGACUUCAAUUGAAGACCAGGACGAGCUCUCCUCUCUCCUUCAGGUGCCCCUUGUGGCGGGCACUGUGAACCGAGGCAGUGAUGUGAUUGCCGCUGGGAUGGUUGUGAAUGACUGGUGUGCCUUCUGCGGCCUGGAUACAACUAGCACAGAGCUGUCGGUGGUGGAGAGUGUCUUCAAGCUGAAUGAAGCCCAGCCUAGCAGCAUUGCCACCAAAAUGCGGGAUGCCCUUAUUGACAGCCUCACCUAA